AUGGCGCACGAACAGAAUACCUACUGGAAGAAUGUGCUCACCAUUGUGCCGAUCGUCGGGGCCGGUGUGGCCACCAUUAUGUUUCUGUUGCGUCUGUUCUCCCGACGACUGGCGGCCGCUGGGUUUUUCCUGGAAGACCUGUUGAUGGGCAUUGGGUUGAUCCUCUCCUACUGCGCUACGGCUUUUGUGGUGGAGACUGCCUUCAACGGUGUUGGUGUGCCAGUGGCAUCGCUGCCGCAUGAUGAGCGGUAUCGCAUCCAAUUUGGAUCCUGGAUGAUACAGAAGUUCUGGGCCCCGUCCAUGGCCUUUGUCAAGAUCUCGAUCGUCGUCUUCCUCAAGCGUCUCCUGGGGUCCGUCCGUGCAUAUGCCAUCGUAUCCAAUUGUCUGAUCGCCUUCAUUGCUGUAUGGGCCCUUACCGCGCUCCUGGUCAACACUUUCCAAUGUUGGCCGGUGCAAUACUACUAUGACAAGACGUUGGAGGGACACUGCAUGAAAGGGCAGGUGCAAUUCUUCCAGGCGAUGGGGUCGAUCGCAUUAGUCGAGGAUGUCAUCAUUCUCUGUCUACCGAUUCCCAUUGUGUGGAGGCUGCAGAUUACCUUUCGGCAGAAGAUGGCAUUGACGCUGGUGUUCUCUCUCGGUGGACUGGUGUGCAUCUUCAGUCUCCUGCGCCUGAUCGAGUUCCGCAACUUCGUCGUCACAGAUCUUGCCUCCUCAAGCGCAAAAGAAUCCAUCUGGACCUGUCUCGAACUCGACGUCGCCAUCAUCUGCGGCUGCCUCCCACUCCUCAAACCGCUCGUCCAAGGCUUCCUCGGCAAGGUCAAAAGCGGCGUCUCCAAAGGCUACUCGCAGCCCUCCACCGGCUCGAAACUUCCCUUUCCCGCAUCCCGGACUAACAACGAUGGUUUUCAGCAGAUCGAUGAUCCGCAUGGCACAUUGGCAUCCACCGCAUCCAAGUCUCCCAAUACAAUGGCUACGCCGAGCUGCAAUAGCUCCGAUGUGGAAUUGCAGGGCAUUACGGUGCAUACCAGUAUACGACAGGAUGUGGAUGGGCGGUCGGACGUCGGUAGUACGGAUCCAGUGUUGAAUCAUAACUGGCGACAAUGA